AUGUGUUCGCAAGUGUGUCGAUCACAACCGUCUGACCAACAGGGGCGUCCCAUUUGGACGGCAUCCCCUCUGGCGAUUUCUCAAUCUCAAGUAGGCAUGGACAUUGUCCCUGUUUGGGGAUUCUCUCGUUUGUUAAACGCCCGUCUCACGGCUUGUCGAGCCUGA